GGUAUGAAUGAAGGCCUGGGCAAAAUGUAAUCAAUGCUGGAGGUCGACGCAUACAAUACAUGUAACUUACUACUUCAACGGAGAUCCGCAACCAUUCGCUACUGGGUACAUAAACACAUCUGUUGGCUUGCCAGCAGAUACAUGUGUAUGUGCAUUUUGAGAGCGUCAAAUCGCCCGAACGCAAGAGUGUUAACUCGUUGUCGCUCACUCGCUGCUAAAAUGGCUGACAACGAGCUACAUAUCGCCAGCGUUUGCGUCCACAGUUGACGUUUGAAGCGCAAAAUAGGUAGACGUCGUAUUUUGACUACAAGCCGAAAAGAAAUUUCGUUAAAACUCAAAUAUACUAUAUUAAAUAUUAAAAGAUAUGGAGGAAAAAUUCAAUAAACGUAUGAUAAGCUUGAUACGUAAGAACAAAUGUGUGUAUGAUCCGGCGGAUAUGGAUUAUCGGAAUCGAACUGCUAAGGUUAUUACUUGGAGGCGAAUUGCACAGGAUUUGAAAACUAAAGACACAUUUUGUAAAAAGCGCUGGAAAUCACUGCGUGACUCCUAUAAAAGAUGGAAGCGCUCAGAAAAACGUGCUUCGGACGAAGAAAAGCCAUACCAUAAAUUUAAGUACGCUGAUGAUAUGGCCUUUUUGGAUCGCAUUAGGAAUGUUAGUAUAUUCGAAAGCGCCGACUACGACUACCGUUUCGAAGAUGAGGAGGAGGGCGAAGAAAACUACGAUGAUGGUGAUAGUGAUAAUGGAGUUUCAUGGCCUCCACUGCCGUCACCGAACAGUAGUGAAAUGGAAGACAUACAAAAUGAAUAUGUAGAGGAAUUGUUAAAUGAAAAUACCUGCAAUAGCGACGACAAAGUGCCGCAUAAAUUGAAAUCGAAUACACUCAGGAAGCCUAAGGCUGAGAUGACUCAAGAUACGAGUAUCCAACCAGAUUUUAUGGAAGUUAACACCAAGACUGCAGAAAAUAAAGAUAAUGAAAUCACCAUAGGCGAUCCACUAAUACCACGAAAUCCUACUUCACUGCUUUUUGAAAGCUUAGCUCAGAAAAUUAUAUCUGCUGGCUUGCCACAAAUUGCAGUGGACGCCAUAGAGUUGAAGCUGGCUAAGGUGGUGUAUGAUGAAAUUGCAAAGGCACGACGUAAAUACGAAAAUGUGAAAGACGUCGAAUGCUUGAAGCAGUGGCCGUUAUUGUUUAAUUUUGCAAAUAGUAUUUUAGUAUAUAAGUGCGAGCAUACAUACAUACGUAUAUGUAUAGAUAUAAAAUUUAUUAUAUUACAAAAAAUGGAUCAAAAACUCAAUAAACGUUUGAUUGAAUUGAUAAGAAAAAACAAUUGCCUAUUUGACGGCGCCUCACCGGAUUAUCGAAAUAGGCAUGCCAAAGCUAAAAUAUGGAGAAAAAUUGCACAACAACUAGAUGUGAAAGAUGCACAUUGCAAAAAUCGCUGGGUAUCUCUUCGUGACUCGUAUAAAAGGUGGAAGCGUAAAGAAAAACGGUCAGGUGGCAAGGAUAAAACACAUAAAUUCAAAUAUGCUGAUGAUAUGGCUUUUUUGGAAAAUAUUAAAAGUUAUUAUAUACCCAGGGAUAGCGCCAAUACCACACACUUCUCCGACGAGGAUUAUACCGACGACGACGAUGAUGAGCAGGUGAAUGAUCGUGAUAAAGAAGAUUCUUGGUCAGCUUUACAUUCACCCGAAUAUACACAAAUGGAAGACAAACAACAAGCUAAUGAAGCAAGUAAACCAAAUGACAAUAUUCCGAACAAUGCCGUAGCAUCUGAUAAUGCGAACCCAGUUACGAGUAUGACUGAGAAUGAUCAAAUUAUUAGUAUGCAGCCGGUUUUUAUGGAAGUCAAGACUGCUGAAAAUAGUGAUAAUGAAGUGAGCAUCAGAGAUCCAUUGACAGCUCGAAAUUCCACUUCGUUGCUUUUCGAAAGUUUAGCGCGGAAAAUAAUCUCUUCUGGCAUGCCGCACACUAUGGUAGAUGCUAUUGAGUUGAAGGCGGUUAAACUUGUGUAUGAUGAAAUUUCUAAGGCACGACAAAAGCGUGAAAAUCCGUAGUAUUCAAUAAAAUUUAAUAAAUAAAAAAAAUUCGGUAAAAUGUUAAUAAAUAGUAUUGUGUUGAAGUAUUAUCCAUAGUUCUGUUCGGUGAGCUGUUGGGCAGUAAAAAUUGUUACUAGUUUUUACGAAAUCGCGUUCGGUGUGCCAAAAUGCAAGCCAAAUUUGUAACGAGAGAGUGAAUAUUUAACAUUUUAUUACUGGGUAAUUCUAACUGACAUUUCUCACCGAACAGCGCUAAUGUUUGCUCGUAUUGUAUUUAACUGUAUGCAUGUUUAUUUUUUAAGAACUCGAAUGAAAAUAAUUUCCUUUAUAUACUAUUUCAUUUUUUUUAUUUGAAACUUUGAAUAAAAUUACUCUAAGCAAUUGAAUGAGUUAAACAU